UUGUAACAUUUUAUUGGGCUUCACUGAGGCUGCGCAGAGCCGCGAGCUCCACCGCCUGCUCGCCGUGUGUUUGACUGUUGUCCAAAGCUAACGGAGAGCGAACUGGGAUCUUCAGUGUUUGAUGGAAAGCAGAAUAUCCGCUGACUACCGCGUCCAAGAGGAGAAACGGGAGGAAGAGGAGGAGAGGAAGAGCUGCAGGACCAGCAGAGACACGGGAGGAGAGCAAGAGACCAGGGAGACGAAAUCAGGACAGGAUAAUGCUGCAGAUUUGACUGGAAGAUGUCAAACGUUACAGUGGAGGCAACCAACAUGCUCCCCAUCCUUAAGAAGAAACUUGCCUUUCUGUCAGGGGGCAAAGACCGGCGCAGUGGUCUGAUCCUGACCAUCCCUCUCAGUUCAGAUCAGACCAGCAUGGAGGAGCUCAGCGCCACACUUGACUACCUGCUCAGCAUCCCCAGUCAGAAGUGUAAGGCUCGGGGCUUCACCGUGAUCGUGGACGGGCGGAAGUCUCAGUGGAACAUCGUGAAGACCGUGGUGCUCAUGUUGCAGAAUGUGAUUCCUGCCGAGGUGUCGCUGGUGUGUGUGGUGAAGCCAGAUGAAUUCUGGGACAAGAAGGUCACGCACUUCUGCUUCUGGAAGGAGAAAGACCGCUUAGGCUUCGAGGUGAUCCUGGUGUCGGCCAAUAAGCUGACCCGAUACAUUGAACCCUGUCAGCUGACGGACGAUUUUGGCGGAAGUCUGGACUACGACCACAACGACUGGCUCAACAAGAGACUGGUUUUUGAGAAGUUCACCAGGGAGUCGACGUCGCUGCUGGACGAGCUGUUGAUGAUCAACGACGGCGAUAAGGGCAGCGCGGAGAGCAAGGAGAAAUCAGCUGACUGCGCCCUCUUGCCCUCCUUCGACCCGGAGACUGUCCUUCAGACCGGUCAUGAGCUGCUUUCGGAGCUGCAGCAGCGGCGCUUCAACGACUCCGAGGGAGGCGGGGGGCAGGGAGGGCCAGCCUGGUGUCCGAUGGAGGAGGAGCUGCUGGCUCAGCCUCAAGUGAUGAAGCUGCUGGACUCCCUCAGGGAGCAGUACACCAGAUACCAGGAGCUCUGCAGGCAGCGAAACAAGCGCACCCAGCUGGACGAGAUCCACGCCAAGGUCAUGCAGGUGGUCACCUGGCUGCAGGGUCCAGGCUCAGAGCUGUUGAAGACUCAGAAGGCCAUCGGGGACUCGAUGAGAGCAGCUCAGGCUCUGCAGCAGAAACACGAGGAGAUCGAGAGCCAGCACAGUGAGUGGUUCGCGGUCUACGUGGAGCUGAACCAGCAGAUCUCUGCCUUGCUCAGUGGCGGCGAGGAUGAGGAGGUGGCGGAGCUGAAGGCGCUGCAGCAGCAGCUGAGCGAGGUCUGCUACCAGCAGGCCGCUCAGCUGGAGGGCCGACAGAACGUCCUGCAGGCGGCGCAGGGCUUCCACAGCACCGCGCAGGAGUUGUCCCAGCAGCUGGACGGGCUGCUCGGCAUGCUCUGCGCCGACGUGGCUCCAGCUGACGGAGCCUCCAUUCAACAAAACCUCAAGCUGCUGGAGGAGAAGCUGCAGACUGUCGAGACCGGCCUGGCUUCUCUGCGUCAGAAGGGGGCGCUGUUAAUGGAACAGAUGUGCACCCAGCCGGCGUGGCCCCCGGACGAGGGGGAGGAGAGUCCAGCCGGGGAGCAGCAGGACGGCUCUCAGCAGGUCCACACCGUGAUGGAGGAGAUGCAGCUCCGCAAGCAGAGGUGUGAGGACAUGGUGGACGUGAGGAGGCUGAAGAUGCUACAAAUGGUCCAACUGUUCAAAUGUGAAGAAGACGCUUUACAGGCCGUAGAGUGGCUUGGCGAGCUGUUGGACGCCUUGUUGAAGACCCACGUCAGACUGGGCGACGACUCUCUGGAGACCAGGACCAUGUCGGACAAACACAGGAAGUUCGUGGACGUCGCUCAGAGCACGUACGACUACGGCCGCCAGCUGCUGCAGGCCACCGUCGUCCUCUGCCAGUCCCUGCGCUGCACCACGCGCUCGUCCGGAGACACUCUGCCCAGACUCAACCGGGUCUGGAAGCAGUUCAGCGUCAGCUCCGAGGAGAGGCAGCAGAGGCUGGAGCUCGCCCUGAGCUUCCACACCGCCGCCGAGAGGGUAUUACAGCAAGAAUGCGUGGACCCUGAGUUUCUGGAUGAAGUCGACUCUUGUGGGAAAACUCUGCUGGACAGACUGACCUUGCCUGUUGUCUUCCCUGAUGGGACCGAGCAGUUCUUCGGGAGUCCCAGCGACACAGCGGCGGCGGCUGAGGCCGUCAGGGAGCGUCUCCUGCUGGUGGAGGAGAGACGGCUGCAGCUGCAGGAGGUGGAGCUUCAUAAUGACGAGGAGGAGGAGGAGAUGCUAAAUGGGCAGGAGGCGCGGCUCGACGUGAUCGGCGAGGAACUGAGCGAGAAAGAGGAGCAAGAUGAGGAGGAGGAGGGGCGUCAGGACGAAGACCUGGAGAGGGCCACGCAGGACUGCUGAUUGACUUCCAUCGUCGCUUUGCUCUCACUGGUCCUUCUUUACAUUAAGACUACAUUUUCCAUCAGCCUCAAUGCUUACCCGUCCUACAGAGGGGAAACAUGUCUGAUGGGAUCCGAUCAGCAGCAAGUGAGAGUGCUUCACGGCCGUGCGCUCUGGAACAAAAGCGCCCUCUAACUGGUCUUCUGCUGCUAUGCCAUCCAGUAGAACUGUAAAAUGCUGGAAUUCUUAACGUUACUAUGUCCGGAUACUCUGUUGAUGACUGAUUGACUGUGGAAAAAAAAAAAACUAAUGUACAGCUAAAAGCAACUCCUCUUCCCCAGCAUGCCUGUUUACCUAAGUGGAGCUUCCAUGUUACCAUGGUUCCUGUCUUUCUUGCUUCCUUGUCCCCCGUUGGGAUGUAACCGAAGAGCGGCUUCACAGAUCAGGUGUGCAGCCUCAACGGGCAUUUGGGAUGGACACAAAGCGCUCCAGUCUGAAUCACAUGUAAAAAUAAGUGUAGCAACUUGUAGAGACAAGUCCCAAAGAGCAACACGAAAAAACAUGCAAAUAGUUAGAAGUAAAAGAUCUACAUUGAUAGCGAGUCACGCAAGUCAUUUGGGAAAGGUCCCCCUUUCCUCAGAGAUGCUGGGACAACACAUUAACUUGACUUCCACGACCGAAGGAUGAGGAUCCCCUGAGGAUACAGUAAUUGAAUAAGUUGCUUUAGUUUGGCAAAGUAUGUAAAAUGAUUAGAGCAGGGAUUAAACGCUGUGACCAAAUGACUCCUCCCUUGAAAUGGUGUGUGGGACUUGUAGAUGUAACGUUAUGGUUUCCAUGAUGCUAAAUGUCUUCAGAGGACCCAGAAGCUGACUACUCUGUUGUUCUAAAUAAGCCCGCUGCCUUCAUGACGUCAACAUCUAACUGGUGCCGCUUUCCUCCGAUUCAGACUGACAUCAUAAAAAGAUUCCUUUUAAAUUAUUUUUACUUUUGUUAAGAAACUUGCCGUGAAUGGUUGGUGUUUUUGACCAAUAACUGCUGCUGCUGUACGUGUCAUUGUUCUAUCCUGCGUCUUGCUCUUUGUCCGAUAAUAUAUAUACAUAUGACAUCCUCCUCUAAAUAAAGAAGCUUUUUGAAAGUU